CCUCUCCAAAACUUCAGUACAAUAGCAAGGUUUCCCCAUCAACUAUCCUCCGCGAUGCUUCCGGAGGGCCUAAACUCUCGCUACAAGCGGUACAAGGCCGACACACAAGCUGUGGCUUCGUGGCUCGUCACCACGGCCGAAAAAUGCGGAUAUCAACUACCUACGUCUGAGAAGGCUACGACUAGCACAAAGUCGACCCGACUCAAGGGCAAGGCGCGAAAGAUGGCACGAGAGCACAAAACCGCUACGCCAGAAAACCUGUCCCAUCCUUAUUUACUCUACAUGGAUGCUUUCAUUCCACUGGCUCGGUGGAUCGCGAAUUGCAGGAAACCGCGUAUUUUGGUCCCCGCGACAUUCGCUUAUCACCUGCAGCACGCGAUCGCGGAUCGAAAGCGGUUUCAGAAAUACUAUGAGAAAGCGGAAGAAAAUACUAACGAUGGCCACGGACAUUUCAUCAGCGUAUUGCAGUCUGUUCGAGAUAUCCUCAUGUCCAACUUAGAGCCAGGCGUCAGCUUCGAGAAAGAAAGCAACAACGAAGAUCUAGAUAUCCACCUUGACUGUCCUGGACUCGAAAACAUGUUCUCCCAGCUCCAAGUCGAGGACACGCCUGAUGAGUCGAUGGGCAGAGCCGCUGACGAUGUCCCUUCUGCUCCCAGGCGUGUAGAAGUGGUCGCGAAUCCUGCUUCAGAUUUGCUCGAAGAAUUCACGGUGCAAGCAUUGUUCUGGCUCGACAUCCACCGCAUCCGCAUGCGCGUCCGCAACAUCUGGCAGAUAUAUAAGGCUGGCGCGUGCGAUCUAUCUGCUGCGGCAAUUACCACUAAUACAGCAAUUGAUUUCGUGCGAGGCUUACACGAGGAUUUUCAGCGCUCGUCAAGUGCCGACGUGAACUUUGAGCGGAAAAUCUGUUUGGCGUGUGCUAUGCUCCGGGACCAGAUGGAAGGGGAGGAUUACAGCGGAACCGACCUGGAGGUACCGUGUGUUAUGUCCGGCUGGCUCAUAAUCUUACUAUGGACAAAGGAUUUCAAGAACGAUCCCAAAGAGUUUGUGCCAACCGUUCAUCCCAACCAUGUGGGACUCUUCUCUACCGCAAAGGUCAACACUAAAACGAUGGAUGAUGAUGUCGGCCUUGCCUUUGGACUAAUUCCUGAGUAUUGUGUUUUGUUGCAGAAAACUUCGAAAGUCCAAGCAGAACACGGUCUUAUUGCGGGACUAAGAGGGCAAAUGGAGCAAGACCGGCCGCUAUUCUGGCUGGCAUUCGCUGUCCAGAUCUUCAUAGAUGUUCGAAAAGUCCUCCAAAGAGACAUCACUCGAGGUUUUGAAGAUCUCUGUCGUGGAGCUUCGUCAAUCAGACAUAGUAUCAAAAAGGUGCUUGACUUUGAAAGGGAAACAAACGGCACACCAAUAACCGAUCCCACCGAUAAACCCCUGGGAGAGGUCCUCGAGGUUAUGGAUCGAUUUACUAUAAACGAUCACGUUGGUAGGCUGAGAAAGGAGAUGCAAGCCGACCCAGAUGCAGACCAACACAUUGAGGACUUUUAUCUACUGCGUCGCGAUCCUAUUUGGUGCGGUCUCUUGCUCUACAAUUUUCGAAUGAUCGCUCAAGAAGGUUCCUUCUGCCGCGCUAACUCGUUUUUGUCAAUACUCGCCGUUGCACACCUAUACAAUGCACAAAAGCAAGUUGGGCUCCUUGACAGUGAAUGGACAAACAUGGAGCAUAUCCUAGCCAUCCACAGCAAAGAUUUAUUUGUUGGCAAUCUGCCCGUUCUCAAGGAAAGCGGCAAGAAUUUAUUAUUGGCAUUGGGCCUGUCUCCAAGCGUGUACGCUAGGGGUCGCAGACCUGGAUCGGAUAUACGGGUCAAACAACCCAGAAAACUUCAGCGUGUCGCACUAUUAACCUGGUUGUUCAAAGCAAGGUACUGCGAUAACGACGAACGAACGGGUCUAGAGCCGGGCCAUGUCGUAGAAGUGAUGAGAAAGGCAGCGGCGGGCAAGGUGUUGAAUAACCGUUUAAGCAGUCAAGAGCUCCGGAUAGAAGAGGUGCUGUUUGGUCUCUUCGCCGUCUUGAAUGCGGAGACGUCGCUCAUCACAUUUGACUACUUUGAAAUGCACAUGAUGUGUUGGCAGCUGCUCUGUUGGCUGCACAGUGAUUUGGGUACCAGAAUUGCUGAUUGGAGUGAAGAUUCCAACGAGAAGGGAGCGCGCGCAUUGCCUAUGCUCGUGCAAUAUUUGCUGUCGGAUGUGUCAGCCCCAGAGGUGAGUGGAAUUAAUUUGAUACACUCUACAAAGCUCGUAAAGAAGAUGUUGGAAAGUGUGGAGGAAGUAUUAGUAUGAUCUAGAUAGAUUUUGUAAGUCCUGCCUCUUAAGCUCGUCCGAUGCAUACACAAUAAAGAGACAAACAUAAGCACUGAGUUAGUACAUAAAAGAACCAACAGAGCACCUUCCAUACAGAUACAGAUAGACACUUGUCGUUAUUGUUAGGCAGAAUAACUCCACUUUACAUACUUAUAGACACGGCUUUAUUGAUAACACAUUGUCAUU